CCAAGUCACUUUUGACCUUCCAAAUAUGAAGUCCUAUGUCAACCAGUCAUCAUUGCCUAUAAAGCCCCUUUCCUACAAGCAAGAACAGAAAAGCAAGUAAACAUGAAGAUCAAGCAGGAGGAGAAGUGCAAAGCAUAAUGGAUGCUCCUUCAACACUGCUGUGUGUCCUCUGCCUCCUCCUUCCUUUCUCCUCUGGCAAGACUUCCCACAAGAUAUGCAGAGGAGGAGGCUCCCAGCAGCCCAGAGCCUCCUCAGUGCCACAGUGUGGCCACCAUGAGUGGGGAAGAGUCCAGCAGCAGCCGCCACCUGCUCUCUUCACGAUUUGGUUUCUGCAGGUAGAUCAGAUUCAUGGAAAUGUCUCUCUGCAAUCACUCCAGAGUCUCUGAGUUCAUUCUUUUGGGGAUCACAAACCGGGCAGAUCUAAAACUGCCUUUAUUCGUUUUAUUUCUACUUAUCUAUCUUGUCACCCUGGUGGCCAAUCUGGGGAUGAUCCUUUUAAUCAGUUUUGACUCACAACUUCACACUCCCAUGUAUUUCUUUCUAAGUAACUUGGCUUUUGUGGAUCUCAAUUAUUCCUCAGCCAUUACUCCGAAAAUAUUGGUGGAUCUUUUAGCAGAGAGCAAAACCAUUGGGUUUGCUGGCUGUGCAAUUCAAAUGUUUGUGUUUGUUAUAUGUGGGAGUACUGAAUGCCUCCUAUUGGCUGUGAUGGCAUAUGACCGCUAUGCAGCCAUCUGUAAUCCUCUCCAUUACACUGUCAUAAUGUCAGGGAAAAAGUGUUCCUGGCUGGUAGCUAGUUCAUAUGUCCUUGGAAUUUUGUAUGCAGUUUUACACACUGGAUUCACAUUUACUCUAUCCUUUUGUGGGCCAAAUGUGAUCAAUCAUUACUAUUGUGAUAUUCCCCCUCUCUUACAACUGUCUUGUUCUGACACCCACACCAAUGAGAAAGUGAUUUUUACACAAGUUAGUAUAAAUUGUGUAGGUACUACAAUGAUCAUCUCAAUCUCUUAUGUUUCUAUCUUGGCCGCCAUCGUGAAAAUCCAGUCUGCUACAAGUAGACGAAAGGCUUUUUCCACUUGUACGUCCCACCUGACAAUUGUUAGUUUAUUCUAUGGGACAAUUUUCUUUAUGUAUUUGCGGCCCAGCUCCACCUAUACUUUGGAACAAGACAAAGUGGCUUCUUUGUUCUACACUGUUGUGAUCCCCAUGUUGAAUCCUCUCAUCUACAGCCUGAGAAACCAAGAUGUGAAGGAGGCUUUUAGAAGAAUUCUUAAGAAUGUAUUUUAA